GUAUAAAGGUCGACAAUCACCAUCUAAUUUCAUUAUUUAUUGGAUGGCCACGGCAUCAAACAUUCUUUUAAUAAAGUUGUCUUCAUUCUAAUCCGCUUGUGAGCAUGGUGUUUUGAUUGGGAAGAGAGACUAGAUAACACAUCUCACGAUGAAUCUGAAAGCGUUUGGACUUAUUUUCAUCAUUUUAUCACGAUUUGAAUUUUCAGAAGCAUCAAAUCUCUCAACACUAGUAGACAACUUGUUCCAAAAUUACCAUAACGACGUCAGGCCAGUUUGUGAUUCAGAAUCAACAGUCCAGGUCCGGCUCGGACUAGCUUUGCGACAGAUCGUGGACCUGAAUGAACCCAAACAGAUUAUUGAAAUCAACGCAUGGAUACGCAUGCGCUGGAACGAUUGUCAUUUGCGAUGGAAUGCGUCAUUGUAUGGAAUUGAUCACCUGGUUGUACCAUACAAUAAAGUUUGGGUACCUGACAUAACAUUGUAUGACAACGUGGAUAGCCAGUUACUUGGACUCAAAGAUUAUCGGCCAGCAAUCUACUCGGACGGCAGCAUGGUGUACAACUUCCCCACCAUCAUAUCAAGCUUGUGCAAGGUUGAUGUCACGUAUUUUCCCUUUGACCAACAAAUAUGCCGACUUCAGUUUGGAUCCUGGGCACACCACGGCCUAGAACUUAACGUGACUGGCAUUGAAGCAGACCUCAGCGCAUUUGUGGACAGCGUCGAAUGGGAACUGAUUUCAGUUCCUAUGAUUCGAAAAGUAAUUUAUUACAAAUGUUGCCCAGAACCAUAUCCGGAUGUGUCAUUCUAUCUGAAAAUGAGGCGGAAACCUCUUUUCUACUUGAUGAACUUAGUGUUCCCCUGCAUGUUGAUAUCAACCGUAGCUUGUUUGGGUUUCAUCCUGCCACCAGACAGUGGAGAAAAGGUUUCACUAGAGAUCACGGUUUUACUGUCUUUGGCUGUAUUCUUGAUGGUCGUUUCAGAAACUAUGCCUCCAUCAUCAGAAACAUUUCCAUACAUCGGAGCGUAUUUUACCUGUGCAAUGUUGCUGGUAUCCAUGUCGUGUCUGAUGACUGUGGUCGUAUUAAAUCUUCACUUUAAGGGAGGCCAUGGUAAAAGGGUCCCACUGUAUCUAAGGCGAAUUUUCGCUGUAUUGGCAAAAAUGGUAUUCGUUAAAGUCAGAGAAAAGGAACUCGUGGAACCAACGAGCCCUUCACCGAAAGAGCGGAGAGUGACUCACCAUGACAACCUAGCGUACGAACACACGAAUGGGAACAACACGACAGUGGACAAACCCAAGCACGAGAAAAUCGGCAACUUUUUUCAUAACGGAUUUCACCAUCUGCACGAUUGUUCCUUGACAGAAAUCACCACCAACAGUGAUUCUCGGGCUACAGAGGACGGUGGUUCUGGCGAGCAGUUCGUAGAAUCUUCCGCGGCAUCCGAGAUAGCGAAAGCUGUCAAACAACAAUUAUCAAUUCUACGGAAUAUUGAAAAUAUUUUGACAAAAAAGAGGAUAUUGGCAGAGUCCGUGGACGAAUGGCAAAACAUGGCCCAGAUCAUGGACAGGGUGUUUCUGAUUUUCUUUGCAUUAGUGUCAUUUACUUCUUCAUUAACAUUCUUAAUGAAUAGUUAUCUACAUGAUGAUGAAUGAUUCAGGACAGUCGUCCACGUUUUGUGUAGGACGUUUUUCGUUAUUUAGUAUAUUACAUUUACUUUGGAUCACUUGCGAAUGUUUAAGGGAGCUCUCACAUACUACUUUGUCAUUUAUUUAUUUUUUUUCAAUUUUGGCGUGGAUAAGGAAAAUGCAAGUGAAUAUCUUUCUCCUCUGUCCUUGAGGACUAAUGGACAACAUCCUAACAGACAAUGUGUUGUGUAUGACUUGUAAAACGUUGCAAUAUUAUAUAAAUCUUAAAUCAAAUGCAAAAAAUCUUGAUUUAUAUUCGAUAGAUCUUGUUAUUCAUAUGCAAGAAUCUUGAUGUAUGGUCGACGAAUCUUGAUUUACAUAUUUGGUAAAUCUUCAAAAUAUCUUGUAAUCUUGUUAUUUAUAUGCGAAAAUCUUGACAUAUGUUCGAUAAAUUUUCAGUUAUAUUAAAAUUGUGAUUUAUAUUCGAUAGAUAUUGAUCUAUAGGCCUAUCCAAUAAAUCUUGAUUUAGAUUUUAUAAAUCUUGAUGUGUAUUCAAUAUAUCUUGAUGUAUAUUUGAUAAGUAACAAGAUUAUCCAAAAUUUAUCAAAAAUACAUCAAGAUUUACCGAAUACAAAUCAAGAUUUAUCGCAUAUAAAUCAGGAUUGGUCGAAUAUACCGGUAAAUAAAAGAUGUACGGAAUAUAUAUCAAGCUUUCGAAUAAUAUACUAGAGUAAAAUACAAAAAAAAAAGUGUCAAAUAAAAAUGAGGAUUUUCUCAUAUAGAUAACAUGGUUAUCGAAUAUAAAUCAAGAUUUUCGCAUAUACAUGUAAAACAAGAUUUCAUUAAUAUCAUAACGUUUUACACGCCAUAGUCGUCAUUUAUUCAAUGUCAUAUAACACAGGUCCUGGAUCCGUGACAAUUUAAAAGUGCGAAUAGACUCGAGCCAAAUUUCAAAAUUGAUUUAAUCCAUAUAUUGGUAUUGGUAAAUCAGUAUAAUUUAUGCCCGUCUCCAACGGAUGAAUGCAAUGCUGACAGCCACCUCAGAAAACAGCUUAUUCCUUAUAUAAGGCAGUCUCCGGACACAAUCACAGGGGCUUCUUAUCCAUUCUGUUCUCAAUCUAUAUAUAAAUAUGGGUAAGAAGCCCCUGUGACACAAUCAAAGUGUCAAAUAAGAAAUACACGUACAUGCAAGAAACAAACAACGUUGGCGGGAAUCUAUAGGUUGUUUCAAAACACUUUAGUAAUAGGGGUACCUGUAAAGUGCGAAACGAAACGAAAUCUACCGAAACGAAACGAAAUCUACCGAAACGAAACCCACUGAAACGAAACCUACCGAAACGAAACGAAACAGAUAGUAUGAUCGAACUCUUUUAAUUAUAAAAUUGAAAAUGGUAUCUUAGGCCCCUGUUAAAGUUUACACAUAUAAAUAAAAUUCGCCUCCCCUUUGAUGUAGGCUUUCGGUUUGACUGAUACAGAGUUUUAAAAGUUGGAAAGGGGAGGGGGGGGGGGGGGGUAAGCACAAAGUACAUAAAUACCAUGUGCAAUUAGCUUCGGAUCCAUAAAUUUCAGAACGGAAGGUUACAGUCUCACAGGUCAGAGGUCUGGGGAAACACACUAAAGAGGGAUGGGCAUAAAUACAUGUUUCAGUAUUUUUUGCUCUAAAGACAAAUAUAUUUAUACAUGUGGAUAUUGUGUAUUUGUAUGUAGUAUAUCAAACGGUGGAUUCUGAAUAUGUCCUCCCGUUCUCUUUGUGAUUUCUGCUUAAAAUCCCCUUGUUUAUAAGCCUUUUCAGUCUACAAAAUGCCGACCUCCUCCUAAUAUUAUUUGCAUUAAAAAAAAAUCCGUUUUCCGUCCCGUUUUCAAUUCCCCGUCUUAGCAACAUCCCAAAUGUAUAGAGUUUUUCCAUUAUUGAAAGCACUCGCACCUCAGCAGUUAAAGAUAAAAUAAGAGGUUAAGAGCUCUUCCUGCUUUCAAUUUUCUCAGACACCAGCUUCUUCAAACACUGUAUCUAUGCCCAAAGGCGGAUCCAACGUCGGCGACCCCACCCCUCGUAUAGUGUGUUUCCCCAGAUCUCUGAAACUGUAACCCUCGGUUCUGAAAUGUAUGAAUCCGAAACUAAUUGUACAUGGCAUUUAAUCAACUACGGAUAUGUACUUUGUGCUUACUCCCCCCUUUCCAACUUUUAAAACUUUGUAACAGUCAAGCCGAAAGCCUACAUCAAAGGGGAGGCGAAUUUUAUUUAUAUGUGGUAACUUUCACAGGGGCCUAAGAUACCAUUUUUAAUUAUUAUAAUUAAAAGAGUUCGGUUAUACAAUCUGUUUCGUUUCGUUUCGAUAGAUUUCGUUUCGUUUCGGUAGGUUUCGUUUCGUUUCGCACUUUACAGGUACCCUUAGUAAUAUAGAUAUAUUUUCAACUUUCUACAUUGUCCCGACUUGAUUGUCACGUUAGGGGUAUCGCGAGUACCGCAAUAUCAAGAUAUGUGUAUGUCCCCAAAAGACAUGUACAAACAAGCUACAUUUAUUCCUGAUAUAUGCACAGGGCAGUCAUUAAAAUUUAUGUCCAUCAGUGAAUAAGGUUGUUGUGCUAGUAGAGGGAGUCAAAUAUCAAAUGGUGGUUAGUGUGUGGCCUUAACAACAAAUAUAAACAAUCUAUCAGGGAUGACGACUUUUUAUUUAUGUUCUAUAAUCUUGUUAUUUAUAUGCAUAAAUCUUGAUUUAUAUUC